CUACAGGGGUCCCCUCAUCUGCCUGCAUUCUCAAUGAAUGGUGACUAUGUUAUUGGUGGGGUCUUCUCCAUUCACUACAACAUCAAGGCAGUAAAGUACAACUACACCACCAAGCCGGAGCCAUUGCAGUGCACAGGGAGAAUUGACUCCCGUGAGCUGCGCUUCUCACGUGCAAUGAUCUUUGCCAUCGAGGAAAUUAACAAUAGCUCAAAGCUCCUUCCAGGCAUCCGACUGGGUUAUCAGAUCCAUGACUCCUGUGCCUCGGUCCCCAUGACAGCCACAGUGGCCUUCCAUCUUUUAAAUGGCCUGGACUCUGGGUUUAAGAACAAAGAUAACUGCUCACAGUCUGGCAUCGUGAUGGCCGUGGUUGGUGAGUCUGGGUCCACACCAUCCAUCGGCAUGUCACGCAUCAUUGGGUCCUUUAACAUUCCUCAGGUGAGCCACUUUGCCACCUGUACAUGUUUGUCCAAUAAGCAGCAGUUCCCUAGUUUCUUCAGAACUAUCCCCAGUGAUAAGUUUCAAGCAUAUGCAUUGGCCAAGUUGGUGAAGCAGUUUGGCUGGACCUGGAUCGGUGCUGUCCGAUCAGACUCAGACUAUGGGAAUUAUGGCAUGGCAUCUUUUCUGAAUGCAGCUUACAAAGAGGGGAUCUGUGUGGAAUACUCUGAAUCAUUCUAUCGUACCCAACCACGUAGCAGGAUCCAAAGAGUGGCUGAUAUCAUUCGAAGGUCAACAGCUGUGGUUGUUGUAGCAUUUGCAGCCUUUGGUGACAUGAAGAUACUGAUGGAGGAGCUGUCUCUUGAGCCUUCACCACCUCGCCAGUGGAUAGGCAGCGAGGCCUGGGUAACGGACCCAGAUAUGCUGAGGUUCACCUUCUGUGCUGGCGCCAUGGGAAUAGGCAUCCCACGAUCUAUCAUCCCAGGUCUGAGACACUUUCUUCUGAAUCUCCCUCCUACUAAAGUGGCAGCCUCCCCGGUACUAACAGAGUUCUGGGAGAAUGCCUUCAACUGCAGACGGGAAAAAAUUUCUGCCACAGACAAGAAUAUUUGCAAUGGAAGUGAAGACAUACAAACACUCCAAGUGCCGUACACUGACACAUCUCAGCUCCGUAUAACUAACAUGGUGUACAAGGCUGUUUAUGCAAUAGCCCAUGCCAUUCAUGAGGCUGUGUGUCAGGAGAUUAAUUCUACAACUCAGUGUGACAAACUCAACAGGACAGAGUCCACACAGAUUCUGUCAAAGCUGAAGAAAGUCAACUUUUCUCAAAAUGGUUAUCAUGUGUCGUUUGAUGCCAACGGGGAUCCUGUGGCCAUGUAUGAGCUGGUUAACUGGCAGAAAAGUAAAAGUGGCAGCUUGGAGAUGAUGACAGUAGGAUACUAUGACGCUUCACUGCCAGAGGGCCAAGAGCUCCACAUCUACCAGAACCUCACCUGGAUGGAGGACAGUAAAGAGGUGCCUGUCUCAGUGUGCACUGACAGCUGUCCUCCAGGAACUCAUAAAAUCCUGCAGAAGGGAAAACCCAUAUGUUGUUAUGACUGUGUCCCAUGUCCUGAUGGAGAGAUUAGCAACACCACAGAUUCACUUAAUUGUUUCCUUUGCCCAAAAGAAUUCUGGCCUAAUGCAGAAAGAGACACUUGUUUACCAAAGCCUGUGGAGUUUCUUUCUUACCACGAGGUUCUAGGAAUCAUUUUGGCUAUAUUCUCCAUUAGUGGAGCUUGUCUGGCUGUUAUAACAGCAACUGUGUUGUUCCGUCAUAGAACGUCCCCCAUAGUCAGAGCCAACAACUCUGAGCUGAGCUUCCUGCUGCUCUUCUCUUUGACUCUGUGCUUCUUAUGCUCAUUGACUUUCAUUGGACCCCCCUCAGAGUGGUCCUGCAUGCUGAGACACACAGCGUUUGGCAUCACCUUCGUCCUCUGCAUCUCUUGCGUUCUGGGGAAAACUCUAGUAGUGUUAAUGGCGUUCAAAGCGACACUACCAGGCAGCAAUGUCAUGAAGUGGUUUGGUCCUCCACAGCAGAGAAUGACUGUGGUGUCUUUUACAUUUAUCCAAGUUUUAAUCUGCAUUAUUUGGUUGCUUCUUCGACCACCAUUUCCAAUGAAGAAUUUAAGCACAUACAAGGACAGAAUCAUCCUGGAGUGUGCAUUAGGUUCAGCAGUUGGGUUCUGGGCUGUGCUGGGCUACAUAGGCCUGCUUGCUGUGUUUUGCUUUGUGUUGGCUGUUUUAGCUCGAAAACUACCUGAUAAUUUCAAUGAAGCCAAGUUGAUCACCUUCAGCAUGUUGAUAUUCUGUGCAGUCUGGAUCACCUUCAUUCCAGCGUAUGUCAGCUCUCCUGGGAAAUUUACUGUGGCUGUGGAGAUAUUUGCUAUUCUAGCCUCCAGUUUUGGAUUAAUACUGUGCAUAUUUGCUCCAAAGUGUUUUAUUAUAUUGUUUAAACCAGAGAAAAACACCAAGAAACAUGUAAUGAAAAAAUAA